GUAUUUGGGACAUGUAAGUGGAGAGGCAUGAACCUGAUUCAUUUCCUGAUCCAGUGAUGCUCCCCAGCCCGCGUCCAAAUAGAUGCAGCAUAGCCCAGGCCAGCUCUUAAGGAGUUCAGGAGUGAGAAGAGGCCCUCAGAGAUCUGACAGCCUAGCAGUGUGUGGACACCACCUCAGCCCACUGAGCAGCAGUGACAGCACGAAGACCAAGCGCAAAGCGACCCCUGCCCUCCAUUCUGACUGCUCCCCACUAGGAGAGAUGGCACCGGCCAGAGCAGGAUUCUGCCCCCUUCUGCUGCUUCUGCUGCUCGGGCUGUGGGUGGCAGAGAUCCCAGUCAGUGCCAAACCCAAGGGCAUGACCCCAUCUCAGUGGUUUAAAAUUCAGCACGUGCAGCCCAGCCCUCAAGCAUGCAACUCAGCCAUGAAAAACAUCAACAAGUACACAAAACGGUGCAAAGACCUCAACACCUUCCUGCACCAGCCUUUCUCCAGUGUGGCCACCACCUGCCAGACCUCCAACAGAGCCUGCAAGAAUGGUGAUAAAAACUGCCACCAGAGCCAUGGGCCCGUGUCCCUGACCAUGUGUGAGCUCACCUCAGGGAAGUACCCGAACUGCAGGUACAAAGAGAAGCACCAGAACAAGUCUUACAUAGUGGCCUGUAAGCCUCCCCAGAAAAAAGACUCUCAGCAAUUCCACCUGGUUCCUGUGCACUUGGACAGAGUCCUUUAGGUUUCCAGACUGCCUUGCUGAGCCUCAAUUCCCUCUCCAGCCCUCUGCACCACUCCCCUACACCCAGAACAUUCUCUUCCCCUCAUCUCCUGGGGCUCUUCCUGGUUCAGCCUCUGCUGGGAGGCUGCAGCUGACACUCUGGUGAGCUGAGCUCUAGAGGGAUGGCCUUUCAUCUUUUUGUUGCCGUUUCCCCAGAUGCCUAUCCCCAAGAAAGGGGCUGAGCAAGCUCAGGGCUGUGGGUUCCCUGGUCCUAUGCCUUUGCACAUGUCUCCCCUGCCCCCUGGCAUUAUGGCAGCAUGACAAGGGGAGGAAAUAAAUGGAAAAGGGGCA